GACAUAGUUCUGAAGGAAUGUAUGCUCGGGAAGCCGGACCUUUCAGAAGAUUAGCUUACUCACUCACAGCAUUCGAUGUGACAGUUUUGCAGUGCAUGCGUCGUCCAACUUCACGGGAAAGGGAGGAAGAAGUUGCAUUGCAAAACACCAAGAUUGACUGA